UGUUUGGAGAGAUUUUUUAAAAAUCUUUGUACAUUAUUUGCGAGUUUCAAGUAUAAUAGCCGGGGGAUUUAUUUCUUUUACAAUACGAAAUGGAAUUUGAAAAAAAUUCAACAAAAAUUUUGAACUUACAAUCGUGCGGUACAAAUACAAAUACCAAUUUCAUGUGCAAUAACUGUGUUCGAAAAAAUGAUUCCAAUUAUUUUAUGCCUCCACCAUUUCCAUAUUUUCAAUAUCCUCCAACGAAUUUUUGGGAAAAAAUGUAUCAAAAUGAAGAAGUAUCAGCACAAUGUAAUUGUCAAAAUUCAAAAUCAGAAUAUUCAGGCUCAUUUUUUUCACCAUUCCCAAUUUACUUGCCAGUUUUUUAUAAUCCUGCUGCUCAUAUGUUUACAAAUAAUAACUGUAAACAAUGUUCUUCCAAUGCUAAUUGUUCACAAAGUACACAAACCGAUCAAUGCGUUUCAAUUCAAAAUAAUGAAACAGUUUAUGAAAACAAUACGAAGCCAAAAUUAAAUUAUGAAAGUACUAAAAAAGUAUUUUCUAGAAAAUCUUCAUUUGAAGAUAAUACAGUUGGUAAAAGUAGCCAUCAACUGCAAGAUAGAGGUGACAAAGGAGCCGGUGAUAAUGAAAACGAUAUUGAUGGAUCUGAAUAUAAUUCUAUCAAAAAUACUACAAAAGAUAAAUUCAUUCGGAUUUGUGAAGAUAAAAACUCUUAUUAUGAAAAAGAAAAAAGUUCCAGUGAGGAUGAUGAUGAUUCAUGCAAUGAUAAUAAUGAUAGUGAAAACCGACUUGAAAAUUCAACACAAAAAGAAAAGGUUAAAAUUUGUAGAAAUGAUACACCAAAAUUUUGUCCACCAGCACAAAACGAAACGGCAGCUUUGUGCAUGUUAAGUUUACUUACACGACACAAAACAGCAAUGGAUAUGGCACCACCUUCAUUAUUUCAACAACCUCAAACAUUUCCACAAUUUAAAUCUGAUUGUCUUUCUCGAGACAUGAAGAGGUCAGAGUUAAAAGACAGCCCAAGUGAUAAUUAUUUAAUGUCACCUGCUCGUAACAAUAGUAUACAUAAAGUACCGAAUGCAUUGCAACAAAAUGAUCACCUAAAAUCAGGUUCACCUCGUGCUCCAGUUAAAUUACGAACAAAUCAUAAUAUUUAACCAUUUGCAAUUAAGCAAGUUUUUAUUAUCUUCUAGCCACCAAGUGGUAAC